UGCAGUGCAGCACAAGCGACGGCACGGCCUAUGGAGCUCGCCGGGGCGGCGGUGCUGCAAUGGAGGGACAUCACGGGGGCGACACCAGCGCUGCAAAGGCGGGGUAACUGCGUUGCCGUGGAUGUCGCCAUGAUUGCGGGGCUGCAAUGGAGCACAAGGUCGUCGCGACCCGUGGUGUUCGUUGGCGGCGGAGCUGCAGUGGAGCCCUCGCCGGCGGCUCCCGUGCUGCAGUGCAGCAUUCGUCGACGUCUCCCGAAGCUGCAGUGCAGCACUUGGUGCUCCAAUGAAGCUCUCGUCGGCGGCUCUCGAAGCUGCAGUGCAGCGCUCGGUGCUCCAAUGGAGCUCUCGCCGACGGCUCAUGGUGGUGCGUUGCAGCGCUCGCCGGCGGCUCUCGGAUCUGCGAGCAACGCUCGAUGCUGCUGCUGCAGUGUAGCGCUCGCCGGCGGCUCUCGGGGCUGCGAUGCAGCGGCUAGCGGCGACUCUCCGUGUUGCAAACACAGUGCUUGCCGGCGGUGACUCCCGGCGUUGCAAACACAGUGCUUGCUGGCGGCAGCCGUGAUGCUUUGCAGUGGCGGUGUAUUGUUGCCUUGCUACGGCGAGAUGGUGAUCGAAGCAGGGGUGGCUGGUGUGAUGCGGGAGGAGGACGGUUUGCUCGUGCGUUGACUUUUUAAAGGGCUAAGAUAAACACAUCAAACGGCUGGCUUUUGUGGGGCCUAACAUCCACGUGAUGUGGUGUGUGAAACAGGUGCACAAGCGGCUCAACCUCCCCGCGCGAAUCAAUCGUAGCGGCCCGACUUCUACGGAUCCUAGGGCCAGCGAGGCGGCUUAUGUUUGGGUAUUAUCAUCCCACUUAUUUGUAGCAUCCGCCAAUAGAAAAUCCAGUUCAGAAACCUCCUAGAAGGUACCCAAAACCAGAAG